GGGGGUGCACCCAGCUCUAAAAAUUGGUCAUUUCGGAACGAACAUAUAGUUAACAUUAAAUUUACGGAAUAAACAGAAAGCCCGAAUUCCACGAUGCGCACAGUGCUGUUGAGCAAACACGAUGAGCUGUACCUGGAGAAAUGCGCACAGGAGAACCAGUUCUCGUACGGGAUAAUCGUGGGCCAUCAAGCGGACCUCACCAAGAGCGUGGUGGUCCACCUGGCCAGGAACAACGAGGAGGAUGCGGAUCUGGAGGACCUGGCGGACGUCCGGCUCACGAUCUCGGACAUCAACUCACAGGCGUUGGCCUCCCAGUGGCUCAGCGCUAGCAAAAUGUGUCCCGGGUCCUUUGACGUCAUCGGAAUCUUUGUGUCUUCAGUAAGAUCCGAUGUAGUUAAUGAACAGAGCGCCGAAUUUAAGAAUGCCAAAAAGCUGUUUUCAGAUAUCUACGACUUGCUUUUGAAAAGCAACAGCGCGUUUGGCGUCUACACCACCGACAUUGCACAGACUGAUUUCGUAUUCCUCUCGUAUUCGCUGGCCGACAAGAAGGUGCUCUGCAAGAACUACAGCUAUGGAAACGGCGGCACUUUCUCUAACAUGGAGUUCAGGUUUGUGGACAAGCCCUUCGAGUGGAUUCAGCUGGACUGCAAUUACGAUUUCGAUGAUGUGCUGCCCAUACUGGAUUCAUCGCGUCGCGUCAACAUCGAAGACCAGUUCCAGAGCAUGAUUGUGUCGAUUCGCAAGAACCUGCUGGCCAGUGAGGUGUUCCUGCAGAACGAAGUCGUCGAGGAUACCAUCGAUCUGCAGGCCUAUAUCAAAAAGAAAAAGGCAAAAGUGGACAAGCUGAAACCGACAUCAGCAACAGGUGGCACGGCCAGUGCCGCGAGCAACACAACUGACUCCCUGCCCCAGCUUGCGUCGGAAGGACUCAUCGGAGGCGCUGAACCCAUCCGAGCGAGCAUCGUGCUGCCAAUGAAAUGCCAGCUAAGCAAACCGACGGACAUCAAGGUGCGCGAGUUUAGUGGAACGCUGCACAUGAGCGGCAUUAUUGCCACAAAAGUUUUCUGCAGUCCACGCAACAGUAUAGCAGAUGUUAAGCGUUUCGUACGCGACGAUGUGCUGCGCUCGCUGAUAACUCGUAUUCAAGUGUACUGCGAUGGACUCACCGAUCCCUAUGUGACCAAUGAAGCUCUAUACAUUAGUGAGCCGCCCAGACGAGUGUUCUUCAGCCUGCCUUCAGAGGGCCCUAGUACGUCAGUUGGCGCAGUGGUUCAGUUUUCCGAGUACUUAUUCCGUGGCGAGGCACCCACUGUUGUGGUGGCCCAGGCCAAACAGAUCCUGGACGUAGAGCUGGACCCAGAGACCAUUUCCGUGGAAGCCGAGGGACUCCCGGAUGAUGCGAACUUCAACCAUGGCAAGGCAGACGCUGAUUGCACAGACGAUUCUAGGAUUAUGCCCAGCUCGAUGCCAAAGCCAGAACUUUCGCGCAGCCUUUACAUGGUGGGAAUCGCUGUGGCUCUGCUGGUCCUCCUGGCGUCCGUGGCACUUCACUAUGUCCUUGCCGAGCAGUAGGCAGCUGCGAUGCUGUGAUGCCGGGAUACCCGAACCAAUAAACCAAUUUAUACGAAAUGUUUUUUAUACAGAUACAUUAUUUGCAUGUGUGCCCACGCACUCACCUCUCUAUUGUGAUCGUUUGUUUUUAUAAUUCAUUGUGUACUCGUAGUAGUAAAAAAAGAAUGUGUAUAGGGAUCACGUUAAAUAGUUUUAUUGUGGAAGCAAAACUGUGCAGCAUUUAACACCAAUAUAAUAAACUAAUAAGUAAUAUACAU